AAUCUGCUUAUGCAGACGGCAUCGUUGUCCGAGAGGAUUACAAAGGCCUUGCUGACAGGCGCAGCAAGAGACCGAACACCGAGCACGCAAUGAAAGAUACAGAAUGAGCAUGUCGCAGAUAGAUAUACAAAAAGAUGAGUGUCUAGUGGUCAUGUUAAAUAGAAGAGGUCUUGCCCUCAGUUUGAGUACAAUAAGCAAGCAUCAAUCACUUCCAAACAGUCAAUACCAUCUCUUGAAUUGUCCAAAACGUCAAAAUUUCAGCUGUCCAAGCACAAAAUACUACAAACAGUACUUCAGUAAAGAUGCGACACGCAAAGAAGAUGCAGGGUGCCGAUGGCGAUGGUGAGCCUCUCAAUCAAAGGCCCUGGGUCCAGACUGUUAACAAGUGCAGAUCAUUACACGCUCGCCAAGAAGUCGCAAACCUCAAGAAAAAGCAACGGAUCUGGCAAGCAACUCCAGCAAUUAUAUAGACUAUAUGAAGAUGCUACAGACAUUUACAACCAAUCCGCCCUGGCCAAGACAAUUGAAGACAUGCUACGAACAAAAAACCGACCGCGCAUCACCAAGAUUGUUUCGCUGGGUCUGGGCAGCUUGUUAGACGCUAAGGACCAACAGCGACGCAUCAAACAAUUGGUUGUGCUGAUGGCCACCGCAUCUCAUCUAACGUUAUCAACGAGCAAUAAGAGCAAAUUGAGACUUUACGCCCAAGACCCAACAUUCACAGCUGCCGACGAGACCUUUCUCCAGAGCCUCGACAUCUCUGUACUGAAAACACCAUCAAUUGCGAACCUGGGUGAGGCUGGACGCAUGAUUGACGAGGAGACACUUGUCUACAGCCCAUUCCUCACGCUUGAGACAUACAAACUCUUGUUAUCUUCAUCGCAAUCCUCAGACGGAACAGUCAGAGCGCCAAUAUUGGUCAGCGACGACUUCAACGCGCUGAGAUUGAAAUGGGACAAGCGCACAUCGGAGCGAAAGGACGUGGAGGGGUUGAUUCAGGGGGCACGCGAAUAUCGUCGGCGGGCGGUUAGUGGGGAGGGGUUCUGGACGCAGGCGGAUCGGCCAUUUCCCAUGGCCCUGUACUGGCGGAACUCAGAACAACAAUCCCAGCCCCGGGAUGUGGGCACCGCCCGAAACACGAUAAGAUCAGAAUCUGGUCAAUCUUCCUCUCCCUUCUCGCGAUUUGAGCAUCGCGCGAUCCCGAUACAUGCUUAAAUCAUGUCUUACGGGGGGAGACAACCAAGGGAGUCAUGAUUGGUUAGGUCUCAGUUAUCAGACACUUUGCUCGUCUCCCUCGCGUCUGGAGGAAUUUCUGAUACUGUACCAAGAAUGCAAGGAGUUCAGAUCGGAGGGAAUAACCUGGAUGCAUUUCAGCCUUAAAAUGUGGUCUCAUUAGCGAUUGUCAUAGCGUUAGAGUAGCGAUGAAUUUUUUAAGCCUCUGGUUAGACUCAAUUUGACAUUUUCUGC